GAGGGUGGCGAACUGCUCAAGUCGGGCUUCAGUUUUCCAGGGACGCCAGAGGAGGAGCUAGACCAGCAGUACUCAUGGUCGCCUUCUCAGCACUUCAAUGAAGAAAGAUACUCUCCUGCUCCGAGGAAUAUGAAAGGAUUAUCUGGUAGUCGCAAUCAACCACAGUUAUGUUCAGCUCAUACUUGUGGCUUAGCAUCCCCUGAAGAUUGUGAACACACCCUCGACCAUAUCCACCAUGGGCAGGAGCCACGGCAGUCGUAUCUUCUCAGCCCCACGGAGAGUUGCCCACUGGACCACCACCGUUGCUCGCCACGCAGCUCCAUCCAUUCUGAGUGCAUGAUGAUGCCCAUGGUAAUGGGCGAUCACAUGUCAAGUAGCACUUUCCCCAGGAUGCACUACAGCUCACAUUACGACUCCAGAGACGACUGCGCCAUGUCUCACGGGAACCCCAAGAUCAACCGUAUUCCUGCCAACCUUUUGGACCAAUUUGAGAAGCAGCUUCCCCUCCACCGGGACGGGUUUCACACUUUGCAGUACCAGAGGACCUCAACCGCUGCGGAGCAGCGCAGCGAGAGCCCGGGGAGGAUACGGCACCUCGUGCAUUCCGUCCAGAAACUGUUCACCAAGUCUCAUUCUCUGGAAGGAUCAUCCAAGGGCAAUGUCAAUGGAACAAAGGGAGACAGCCGAGGGGACGAUCAUCACCACGGGCACCAUUCCAAGCAUGGCAAAAGGAGUAAAAGUAAGGAGAGAAAGCCAGAAACCAAGCAUAAAUCUGGAAUGAGUAGCUGGUGGAGCUCUGAUGAUAACUUGGACAGCGAUAGCACGUACCGAACCCCUAGUGUGGUCAAUAGGCACCAUGCAGAUCAUAUAUCCCAUUGCUAUCCUGAGGCACUCCAGGGGCACUUUGGGGAUCUCUCAUUGAAGACUUCCAAAAGUAACAAUGAUGUGAAGUGCUCAGCUUGUGAAGGGCUCCCAAUGACCCCAGAUAGUAAAUACAUGAAAAGGAGUUCUUGGUCCACGCUCACAGUAAGUCAGGCUAAAGAAGCUUAUCGCAAAUCAUCCCUGAACUUAGAUAAGCCUCUGGUUCAUCAGGAAAUCAAACCUUCCUUGAGGCCGUGCCAUUACCUUCAGGUUCCUCAGGAUGAAUGGGGAGGAUACCCAGCCGGGGGGAAAGAUGAAGAGAUCCCCUGCAGAAGAAUGAGGAGUGGGAGCUACAUUAAGGCUAUGGGAGAUGAGGAAAGUGGAGACUCUGACACCAGCCCCAAGACAUCGCCAAAACUAACGGUUCGGCCAGAGUCGCUGUUAAAAUCCAUUGGACAGAGACCACUGGGAGACCAUCCAAAUCAGAGCUACCUUCAAACUGCAAGCGACGUGUCUGGGGGUCACAACCUGGAUCCCUCUGCCAACUACAAUUCCCCAAAGUUUCGCUCAAGGAAUCAGAGCUAUAUGAGAGCAGUGAGCACGCUCAGUCAGGCCAGCUGUGUUAGUCAGAUGAGUGAAGCAGAGGUUAAUGGGCAGUUUGAAUCGGUGUGUGAAUCAGUGUUUAGUGAAGUUGAAGCUCAGGCAAUGGAUGCCCUUGACCUCCCUGGAUGUUUCCGAACAAGAAGCCACAGUUACUUGCGUGCCAUUCAGGCAGGCUAUUCCCAGGAUGAUGAAUGUAUUCCUGCGCUGACAUCUUCCAACAUCACCUCAACUAUCAGGUCAACCACAGCUUUAACCUUCAGUUCACAUGUGGCUUCUCCCCCGCCAGUUCCCCCUCGCACCACGUCCAAGCCGCUGAUCUCGGUGACGGCGCAGAGCAGCACGGAGUCCACGCAGGACGCCUACCACGACAGGACACAGAGGAUAUCCCCGUGGCCACAGGACGGGCGAGGCAUGUACAACUCCACCGACAGCCUGGACAGCACCAAGGCCAUGAACCUGGCGCUGGAGACGGCGGCGGCGCAGCGCCACGCGGCCGAGGGCUCCUCCGUACGCACCAGCGACAAGGCCAUCCUCGUCUCCAAGGCAGAGGAGUUCCUCAAGAGUCGCCGCUCCUCCAUAGGGAUCCAGGUAGCCUGUCCCUAA